GGAGCAGGUAAAACGGAGAUCUUUGCGCGAGCUUGAACUCCUCAGGGUCAGGUGACGGGAAUAAUUUGCGGUAACAUUUGCAAAAGCGUCUCCACGAUCUUCUCAUUUUAUAUCCUUUUCUCCUUCACGCAUACGGCACUCGCGUACCUUGAUCACUCAGCUAAUCCCGCGUCCUGUCGAUUUUUUUUUUUAGACGCGAAGAUGAUCAAGCUGGAGACCAGCCUGGAGAGCAUGUGCUCGGUGGUGAUGGAGGAGUACGAGAACUUUAGCUACGAAGAGGAGAAGCCGCUCAACUCGACGAGGAGACGCCGGGGCGGACACUUGCAGGGCGACAUCGAGAGGCACACGUGCUCGCGAUGCUCGAAGAGCUAUAUACACGCGUGGCACCUGAAGAGACACACGAAAUUCGAAUGCGGCCAGGAGCCGAGAGUCCAGUGCCCCUACUGCUCCGCCAAGAUGAAGCAACGCGGUCACGUUUACAGGCACAUCCGUCAGUGUCACCGGGGUCAGAACGUCUACGUGAUCGACCUUAAUUGAGAGAGAACUCACGAAGACGGGACCGAUAAAUCCCCAAUACGGCGAACCAGCACCGGUGUUCUCGAACCUCCAAUACUAGGCGCUGGUUCGUCAAUUCUCGUCACGCUUACCGAGCAACAGUUUUACCAAUCCGCGUAAUUAUUUCGAAAUAGUGCCUUAUAUUGCGACUUUUUAAAAUUUUUUUUUUGUUACGAGCUCUUGUAUUGUUUAUCUAUUUUUAAUGCACUCGUCGAAACGAAAGCUCCUUCAUAAGCUGCGUGAUUCCGAACAGAUAUCCGUAUUGCUUCCGAACGUAUAGCCUAAUGAAGAAGUCCCGAGCGAGUCUUCUUGUCUGAGAUGAGAAGUGGGGGGGGGGGAGUUCGUAUCUGUCGUAAUAUUAAGUAUUACAGUACGGAUGCUGAUGUAUCUAGUCAUCGUUGAUCAGAAUGUAGACGCGAUAGAGAGAAAUGAUGAACGACAGAAGAACGAUAAAAUUGAUUUUAUCUGUAUUAUCUCUUUGUAUCUUGUUCUAUCGUUAUCCCAAAAGAGCGAAUAAAUUACGAUAUUUUCUCACUUAAUCGAAAUAAAGUCAUUUCCCUAAUAGAUUAUUUACCUAUGUCCGUAUUAUAAAUUACAGCCGAAUAAAGCAAGUCCGCAUUGUUACCACUUGUUACUUUCCUAAGAAUGCUGGGUUGUAGUCGACUUGGAUAGUUUAAUGCCUUCUCGAUAUUUUAAAUGCCAUCGUUUAGAUUAUUAUUAAGACUAAUACAUUCGAUUCUCUAGGUCCGUCAAACUUUUCCGAUGUGAAUUGCUAUACACUUCGAACAGAGAAUCGAUAGAAUUGGCGACCUAAUCGUUGCAAUGGUACUACGUCGACAUUUAACGAUACUGAAGACUUAAUAGCAUUUUGAUUUGAGCGAUUCCAAUUUGAUAUUACGUGUAUGUGGGUGUAAAUUAAAGAGAUUGUGCACAUAUUAUUAUGGCGCGAUGAAUAUCGAUAUAUGAUUUACAGAAUUUACAAGAAAUAUACAUGCAGACAUACAACAGGUCUAACAAAGAACAAAAAAAGAUGAUCCAAUAUUUUUAUUAUUAUAUAUUUUUGUACUGUAUAUGCUCGCGCAUUUAU